AUGAAAUAGAAAGGAAAAUAAGGGAGAGAGGACUUGUUGGAAUAACUAAAAUCUAAUCUAAACAUUAUGGGUCAUAAAAUGAGUAUUUUAAUACAAGGUGCAGACGGUUAAGUAUAUUUGAAGGAACAUUUGUCAGCUAAAGGGCAUCAACCUUAUGAUGAUCAAACCACCAUUCAUAUCGCUUCUGGAUGUAAAUGGAUUGCCAUGACUGUAAUAAUGAAAUUAGUUGAAUUAGGGUUACUAAGUCUUGAUACUAAAGUGAUUGAUAUAUACCCAGAAUUUAAGAAUUCAAAUCCUAAUUUAUUGUUAUAGCAUUUAAUGACUCACACUUCAGGGUAUGUCUUAGCAGAUGAAUGGAUAUUUGAUUUGGAUAUCUCUUUAUAGGAAUCUGUCAUUGGAAUAGCAUAAGGAGGAAAGUAUCCAGCCAGUAAAGUUUGUUUUCAGGGAGGUACUAAGGUUGGCUAUAGCGAUAUUGGAAUGUAAAUAGCAGGGGGAAUGGCAGAAAAAGUAACAGGAAAAUCAUUUCAUUAAUUAUUUGAUGAAUUCUUAGCUUAACCUCUAGGAAUGAAGAAUGCUCAGUUUACAGCUUUUGAUGGAGAGAAAGGUUAAAAUAUUGCAAUUGCUGAUGGUUUUUUAGUGAGGAUGAUUGACUAUGGUAAUUUUUUAUGAAUGCUUCUCAAUUAUGGUUCUUUUAAUGGCAAACAAAUA